AUGGACAUCGUUCGGCGCGAUGGCGAGGCUUACUAUGAGCUCAGCUGGGCGAUCCUCAGCACCAUCGGCCUCGUGAAUAUGUGCCUCGGGGGCAUGGUCGUUGGUAUCGCUGGCUACUCACCCAUCACGCUCGUGCCCCUCGUUGUCUCCGCAGCCUGCGCCCUGGCGAAUGGCAUGUGUUACUAUGCCUUCUAUGCCCACUACCCGUUGCUCAACACGGCGGUCGCGUCAGGCUUCGCCGAUAUCAGCUGGCUGGUGCAAGAAGCCGGUCUCUCAUUUUACAGUUUUGUUAUUCUGCGACGUGUUCUUCGCAACCGCGCCCGCCUCGUCUUCAUGGUUUGCUUCUGGGUCCUCAUGGCCGUGAUCACCAUCCUGCGUAUCACGAUUCUCGUCUGUCGUAUCCGCUACAUCCUCGGACACUCAUCAGCUGCGGACCUACAGCGUAUCAUUGACCACCUCCACGUCGGCUACUUUGCCUCGAUCGCCGUGGUCGAGAUCCUCAGUUCGGCGUUCUUGCUGCGCAAGUUCAACGCGGCCCGCAAGAUCUCACUCAAGGCCGCCAUGCAGACCGGUCUCUUCAGCUACCUCAUGCGCAGCACCGAGAUCCGCCUCGCUCUGCUUGCCAUUAUCGGCGUGACCCGGGCCAUCACCUACUCGUUUCAGGACACUGUGCAGAGCGCGACAACUGUCGCGAGCGAGUUUGAUAGGUUUGCCUACACGCUCGAGUGCAUGUUUCCCAUGAUCAUGUACAUCGACAUCCUCGCCUCCCGCCUCAUCUUCCAUGGAGACGCCUACGGCUCGUCGCGCAGCGCCGGCGCCUCGCGCGGGGCCAAGACGGGACCCCGGCAGUUCACGCAGAGUGGGCCCGAGGGCAACGACGUGCACAUGUACCCGCUGCCCAAGGUGGAGCGCCACAUCGAGGUGCACGGCGGCUACGACAACAGCGACGAGGAGACGGCGACGGGCAGCGGCAACGGCGCCGGCGGCACCAGGAGCGGGAGCAGGAAGCACCAGAACCACAACACGGGCCGCAGUGCCAACCGGGGCGGCAGCCAGGUGCGCACCAGCUCGCAGGAGUACAUCAUCGACGACGACGGCACGCGGUCGAGGGCGACCAACGGGUCUGACUUUGGCGAGGAGAUCGUGGACCUGGGCAAGAAGGGCAACGGCCACGGCGGCAUCAGCAAGACGGUCGAGUUCAAGGUUGUCGAGGCGAGGGAGGUGUGA